AUGGAUCUUUGUGUGCUAAAUGAGACGUACCCGGAGUGCGUCGAGGCGCAGGCAGACGCGCUGCAGAACGGAGCCCUGAACGUGAGCUUGGAGACAACAAACAUCACCUACGGAAACGUGUCCACGCUCCUCACACCUCAGCGCGCGAAGCAGAAAGAUGGGGACCACACACUGCGGAUCCUGCUCUACUCACUCAUCUUCAUCUUGAGUGUAAUAGGCAACCUGCUCAUCAUCGUGGUGCUGACGGUCAAUAAGCGCAUGCGCACCGUGACCAACACCUUCCUGCUGUCGCUCGCCGUCAGCGAUCUGAUGAUGGCCAUCUUCUGCAUGCCCUUCACCCUCAUCCCCAGCAUCCUCAAGGACUUCAUCUUUGGAGCUGCCAUGUGCAAGAUAGUGUCCUACCUCAUGGGUAUAUCAGUCAGCAUAUCCACAUUCAGCCUGGUUGCCAUAGCAAUCGAACGCUACAGCGCCAUCUGUAACCCUCUGAAGUCUCGCGUGUGGCAGACUCGGUCCCACGCCUAUCGGGUGAUUGCCACUACAUGGGUGCUGGCCUUAAUCAUCAUGAUUCCCUAUCCAGUCAUCAGUCACUUGGAGUCUUUUCAGCGUCCCGACAACACCACCGCUCACCAGUGCCGUCACAAGUGGCCCGUCACAACGGCAGAGCAGACCUGGUACAUUCUGCUACUGCUUGUGCUGUUUGCAAUCCCAGGGUUGGUGAUGAUUGUGGCCUAUGGACUGAUCUCCAGGGAACUUUUUAGAGGCAUCCACUUUGAGAUGGGCCACAAAAAAGACUCUACUGAUGUGAAGAAUGGACUGACCGCCACUGUGUCUGGUGCCAGUGACGAUGGAGAUGGUUGCUAUGUUAAUGUUGCCCAGCGGCCACACUCGAUAGAGAUGUCCACCAUGGCUGCAUCCAGCAGAGCAGUCAAGGCAGAAAGGCCACGCAGCAACACGUCUGAGGCCAAGCUGGAGGCCAAGAAGCGAGUAAUCCGCAUGCUGGUGGUCAUUGUUGUCCUGUUCUUUCUCUGCUGGAUGCCACUGUACUGUGCUAACACCUGGCGGGCUUUUGAUGACAUCUCUGCCAAGCAUGCUCUUUCAGGGGCGCCCAUCGCUUUUAUCCAUUUAUUGUGCUACACAUCUGCCUGUGUCAACCCGAUUAUUUACUGCUUCAUGAACACGCGUUUCCGCAAAGCUCUGCUCGCGACGUUCUCGUGCUGUGCCGCGCCUUGCCAACGCCGUCGUCGUCACGGUCUACGGGACAACGAGGAGGACGUUAUGGCAACAGGAGCGUCGAUAUCCAAGUUCAGCUACACUACAGUCAGCACCAUGGGAACCUGCUGAGGCAGAUGGAUGUAGGCACAAUCCAGAAGCAACAGUUUCUACGGCAACACAGUAGCCCACAUCCUUUGUCUUUUGGCCAAAUCUGUGCAUGUAGGAACAAUGAUGUGGAGCGGAAAAAUUGGCCAUAUAGUGUGGCAGCAUAGAAGCUUCACCCAUGACUGUGAGUAAACUUAUGCAGGGAUUAUUUAAAGGUUCAGUGUGUACAAUAAUAAAAAAAUAAGAAUCUUACCUGUUUGUUAUCUUGAUAUGAGCCUUUUAUGUACAAACACAGUGAGUCCUGAACUGCUGAUUGAUGAUUCUACAACCAAAAGUAACCAAACAUCGCCUCUAGAUGGCGCAUUUCACGGACAUUCUACUAUGCGCAAACGACCUACAGCACCACUAGAUGGCACUAAAUCAUACACACUGGACCUUUAAUAAAAACCCAGUCUUACAGUGUAAAUACCUCCAUAGCUAUACUGAAAAAGUAUUAUAUACAGUUAUCACAGUGGACCAAGGCGAAUUGUCUGCUUAGAUGGCGAGGCAUGUGUUUGUUUGUGUGAGUAGUGCCGAGGACGUGAGUCUCUGUGAGCUAAAUGACACGUGAGGAAAGCAGCAAUUUAGUUUAGUCAUUAUGUAGCUAUAAAAAAAAAAAAAACCCUGCUAUGUAAUUUUUUAAUUGUGUUUUAUAUUUUUUUUGCUGUCAGUUGUUGAUGUUUAUCUGUGUAAGUGAUGGUGAUGCAGUUGCCUUGUGGACUAAGUGCCUGGUUCUAAAUACUAUGUUAUAUUUGUGUACUGUUGAUUUGCCUCAUUCAUCACAGGCACCAUAAUCACAGGCAAAUUGUAACCUGAGGGGGGUUUUGUAAGUGGAGUUUAAAGAAUCUUCUAAACGAACUGAAAAUCCUCCUCAGAAAUCUCCUCCGGGUGUGAACUGAUCAGUGAGUGUGGUGUCAGUUCUGCAUCGCUCCACCGUUCGCAGACAACACUCGAGUGUUAUGAACUUCUUAUGAUCUUAGAUGGGUAGCAUCGAUGCCUUGUGUUGUCGUUGUAAAAUGUGACGCUAGCAACUUUUGUCUAAGUUUGUGGCGCUGGAUUUUUCUGUGUAUGCUUGUACGCUCGUGUCCUUGCAGGUGAACACAGUAGGAAAUGUAAUAAGGGUGACUUGACACUUAAAUGUGUUUGUUUCUCAUUUAAAGGCCUCAAAUUUGAGGGGAGUACAAAACCUUGAUAAGUACUGAACACUUUGAACAUAUGGAUAUUAUUUAACAGUCCAUGCAUUAUUAUAUCCUCCUUCUUCUGAAGGUCUGUAUAUUGCUAUCGAGGUAAGGACAAAAAUUCUAAUAAACUUUGAUGAAGUCACUGGUAAACGAGUAAACACAGUGAGUUUGUAUAUUCUGAUGUUAUAUAUCAGAUGAGAGGAUUUAAAACAUGUUACGUUCACUGAACACUUUUGACAUGUGUAGGUUUAUUUUACUCACCACCAUAUUUUGUAAUACUAAUAAAGGUCUAAGGUCUAUGAUGAAAGUUCAUGUUGCAGUAGAAGUAGGUUGUAGCUGAGAUUUGUGCAGUUCAGAGUCAGAUUUACCACUUUAAAGCUGGAGGCCUUAAGAGUAAAAGCAUGAAGUAAGAAAAGAGCAGGACAUGAGCAAGUUCAGUGUCUGUUUUAGUGCAGAGUCUAA